CUGCCCGCGCACGUCGCCUUCAUCAUGGACGGGAACCGGCGCUUCGGCGCGAAGCGGUUCGGGCCCGCGCGGCGGCUCGAGGGCCACGCGGCCGGCGGCCGCAAGCUCGGCGAGGUCGUCGACUGGUGCCUGCGCGCGGGCGUCGCGGAGGUGACGGCCUUCGCGUUCAGCACGGAGAACUGGCACCGGGACUCCGCGGAGGUCGCGCUGCUCAUGCGGACGUUCGUCGACCAAUGCGCCGAGAUUUUGAAACACGCGCGCGAGAAGCGCGUCCGAUGCGACGUGCUCUGCACGGACGCGACCCGCCUGCCCGCCGACGUGCGCGCGGCGCUGGAGACGCUCGAAACGGAGACGGCCUUCGCCGACGCGGCGCUGACGCUCCACCUCGCGGUGUCGUACGGAGCGCGAGGGGAAAUAGCGAGCGCCGCGCGAAAGCUCGCGGAGCGCGUCGCCGCCGGCGAGAUCGACGCGGGCGACGUCGACGAGGCGUCCCUCGGCGCCGCCCUCGCGCUGCGGUCGCCGCCGGACCUGCUCGUGCGCACGUCCGGCGAGCGGCGGCUCUCGAACUUCCUCCUCUGGCAGAUGGCCUACACGGAGCUCGUCUUCCUCGACAAGCACUGGCCCGAGCUCGCCGAGGACGACUUCGACGCCGUCCUCGACGAGUACGCGCGGCGGCAGCGCCGCUACGGC